AUGGCUAGUUACCCACAACCAGCACCAGAACAACCCGGUUACCUUAACCCUCCCGAAGGUCAGUUUGGCACUGUACCGCCCCCUGUAGGAACUUACGCACCUCCGACGCAACCUACAUACCCCACGGGUACACAGCCCUACCCUCAACAGGCCCCACCAUACAACCUAGGGAACACGUAUGACCCUAACACAGCCCCUAUGGCAGGAGGAGGUGCCUACACAAACCAGGGAUUCCAGGCCCCACCGUCAUAUGACACUGUUACCUCAGGGAAGCAAUGA